GGACAUUUGGUCAACACACUGAUGUGCAAAGCCGUCCGAGAUCAAACGGCAUGGAGUUGUUGGUUUUGACAGUGGCCCUCCUGGGCAGCCUCGUGGAAUCCCAGUACCCCUAUGCAGUACCCCCUUAUUUUGUGGUGACUCAAAACUACCACGAUAUGUUGACGUCCGGUACUCACUUGAUUCCCAUUCACCAACCGCAUUACCACAGCGGUCCGCAUUUCGUCUUCCCGCGGUAUAUCCCCAUUAAUGGAGCGUGGAUGGGGAGCAGCCACUCGGCUUACCAACAACCCAUAAACAACCUCCCUCCAUUGCCCCCCAUUCCCGCCGGAUAUCCACCUUUGCCCUCCAUUCCUCCACCUGGAGGCUCGGGGGCAGUUGUUGUUACUCCUGGAGGAGGUGGCGGCACCGUGACACCUGUACAACCGCCCCGACCCGUUCAACCCCCCGUCGUGGUUCCACCACCGACUACUCCUCGACCCUCUGUUCCCGUAACUCUACCACCCCCGACUCGACCACCAUCGACCCCGGCUCCGCCUGUGGUUAUCCCCACUACUCCGCGUCCAGUCCAGCGGCCGUCGCCGAAGCCCAUUGUACCGGUCACGGUGCCACCUCCGCGACCAGUUGUGACUCCUAGGCCAGUUCCCGUUCAACCCCCGCAAGAUGACGAUGACGAUAUUGCUGACCCCAUUUCCAACCCUCCCGUCCUUUCCGCUGCACGCAACCCGUCACCGUUCCAUCUCUAUUACGACAAUCCCGGCGAUUUCUUCAUAGAUCCGAGAUAUGUUGUUGAUAUCAAGAGCCGAAGUCAGUGAAGAGAUUAACGACCAACCAAAUAAAUAAAUCA